AUGGCUAAGUGCACAAAGAAGGUGGAGAUUGUGGGUAAACAUGGGGUGCAUUAUGGUGCCUCCCUCCGGAAGAUGGUGAAAAAGAUUGAGAUCAGCCAGCACACCAAGUACACGUGCUCCUUCUGCAGCAAGACCAAGAUGAAAACCAUCGCAGGUGGUGCUUGGACCUACAAUACCACUUCUGAUGUCACAGCUAAACCUGCCAUCCGAAGACUGAGGAACUGA